AUGGCUCUCAACAAUAAUGAUCCUCUUGGAAACAUGCCUAUGGGGGAUGUGAACGUGGAUGAUGAUCAAGUUGAAGAGGUUCCUCUUGAACCUCAAGCAAAUAGACGAGGCCAACCACCUCAAGACAAUAUUCCCGUUACACCCCCUCCUCUACAAAGACCGGCUUCACAGCGGGUGUUGCCGAAUGAAGGAUACGGAAAUGGUCCAAUAAAGUAUUUGAAGCACAAGCUUCAUGUGAUUGACGACAAGAAUUUGGUAACCAAAUAUUCACUAAUUGAAGGAGAUAUUCUAGGAGACAAAUUGGAAUCCAUUACCUAUGAUGUCAAAUUCGAAACUUCUUCAAAUGGAGGUUGUAUUUGCAAAACAUCAACUGAGUACCACACAAAAGGUGAUUAUGUAAUUAAGGAAGAAGAACACAACGAAGGCAAAGAUAAAGCCAUGGAACUUUUCAAGGUUGUUGAAGAAUACCUUCUUGCCAAUCCUACCGUCUAUGCCUAA